GUCGCUUCACUGGCGGCACCGACCCCAUCAUGACCCAAUACAACGAAUCCAUCUACUUUGACCGCGCCUUCUACUCGCAAGACAUCCGGGGUAGCAUCGCCUUUGCCCGCGCCAACACGAAAGUGGGCCUCCUCACCCAGGAAGAGUUUGCUGCCAUCGAGAAAGGCUUCGAGCAAGUCCUCCAGGAAUGGGAGUCCAAUACCUUCAAAAUCGUCCCCGGCGUUGACGAAGACAUCCACACCGCCAAUGAACGUCGUUUGGGAGAAAUCAUAGGUACUGGGAUCGCUGGCAAACUACACACAGGCCGGAGUCGGAACGAUCAAGUGGCUACGGAUAUGAGACUGUGGCUGCGAGACCAACUCUCUCAGCUCGAGGAGUACCUUGUCGCCUUCUUGAAGGUCAUCGCCGCGCGCGCGGAGAAGGAAAUCGAGCAUGUCAUGCCGGGCUAUACACAUCUGCAACGUGCGCAACCGAUUCGCUGGAGUCAUUGGAUGCUGUUGUAUGGACAUUACUUCGCUUCGGAUCUACAACGUCUGAGGGAAGUGCGAUCGAGGAUAAACAAGAGUCCGCUCGGAUGUGGAGCAUUGGCGGGAAACCCAUUCGCCAUCGAUCGAGAAGCUAUUGCGGAAGAAUUGGGAUUUGAAGGUCUCAUUAUGAACUCCAUGGCCGGCGUGGGUGAUCGCGAUUUCGUCAUCGAGACCAUGCAAUGGGGUAGUAUGUUGAUGACACAUUUUUCUCGCUGGGCCGAGGAUCUGAUCAUCUACUCCACGGGAGAAUUCGCGUUUGUCAAGUUGGCAGAUACAUACUCCACCGGAUCCAGUUUGAUGCCACAAAAGAAGAACCCCGAUUCCCUCGAACUGAUCCGAGGAAAGAGUGGAAGGGCUUUCGGACAGAUGGCAGGUCUGAUGAUGAGCGUGAAAGGAAUUCCUUCGACGUACAACAAGGACCUACAGGAGUCUGUGGAGCCGAUGCUAGACCAUAUCAAAACUGUGGGAGACAGCAUCCAAAUCGCCACUGGCGUUCUAUCCACUCUGAACAUCUUUCCCGAGAACAUGCUCAAAUCCCUGAGCCCGGACAUGCUGGCCACAGAUCUCGCCGACUACCUCGUACGAAAGGGCGUUCCCUUCCGAGAGACACACCACAUCUCCGGCCGUGUCGUACAGUUGGCCGAGAAUGAAAAGACACCCAUGGACAAGCUCUCUUUCGAGCAAUUGCAGGGUGUUGAUGGAAGAUUUGAAAAAGAUGUCUUGGACGUCUUCAACUACCAGGCAAGCGUAGAGGCUCGCGCAGCCAAAGGUGGUACCAGCAGGAGUGCAGUGCUAGAGCAAAUUGAAGCUAUCAAGAAGAUUUUGACAUGAGAAAAAGAAAGAAGUCUUGAAAAUAUUUGCAACAAUAAGGUACUUUAUUAAAAAUGUGUGUUGUUUCCUUUACGAGGCUUUUUGUUACCUAUACAUGUACCUGAUUCAAAGAACCACUUUAUCU